AUGCUUGUUGAGCAAGAGAGUGGCUGGCUCCUGUCACUGCUCUCCUUCUUUAAGUAUGCCUCCAUUAGCAUGCUGAAUUCUACGUUUGCAAGAGCCAUGGAGACUUUGAGAGACACCCGCCUUGCGCUGUUGGCCUUGUUGGCUGCUUCUUCCUUCUUCGCGGUGGCCGCCGCGGCAGGUUCUUCGGAUCCAUCCUCCGCGAUUCUCGUCAGAGUCGACCAGUCCGGGAAGGGAGAUUUCAGAAACAUUCAGGCCGCCAUCGAUGCUGUGCCUUCCAACAACGCCGAGCCCGUCUUCAUUUUGAUCACGCCUGGGACUUACAGAGAGAAGGUGACUGUUCCAGCUGACAAGCCCUUCAUAACAUUGAGCGGCUCAAAUGCAAUGUCCACAGUCAUAACAUGGGGUGAAGGUUGGACAUCAUCAGAAUCUCCCACGGUUUCAGUGUUAGCUUCAGAUUUCGUUGGAAGAUACCUCACGAUUCAGAACACAUUUGGUCCAAAUGGCCCAGCGAUCGCCCUGCACGUUGCUGGGGACAGAGCAGCAUUCUACUCCUGCAGGAUCAUCGGUUUCCAGGACACUCUCCUGGACGACACCGGACGCCACUACUACAGUAACUGCUACAUCGAAGGCGCCACCGACUUCAUCUGCGGGAACGGCCUCGCUCUCUUCGAAAAAUGCCACUUGCACUCGACAUCACCGGGCGGCGGAGCCAUCACGGCGCAACGCCGGUCCAGUGCAGCUGAAAGCACAGGGUAUAGCUUCUUGCAGUGCAAGAUCACCGGCACCGGAGCUGGAACUGCAAUCCUCGGGCGGCCAUGGGGACCCUACUCCAGGGUGGUGUUUGCGUUCACCUACAUGUCCGACGCAGUGCUACCUGAAGGUUGGAACGAUUGGAACGACCCUCGCAACCAGAGGACGGCGUACUACGGGGAGUACAGCUGCUUUGGUCGUGGCUCAGAUGUCACAGGAAGGGUUGCGUGGUCUCACAGGCUGACACCGCUCGAAGCCGAGCCGUUUGCUACCAAGUCUUGGAUCGACGGUCAAGAUUGGCUGAGGCCUACCCCGCGCUAUUUCAGGAGAUCAUCUGCCCUCACAACAAACUCCUCAGACGGUGGCCUGUAGCUCCUCACGUAUCAUAUUGCAUACUGUAUAUCCCAAUGUAAAGAAAAAUAUGACAAUUUCAUUCUUAUUGAUUCAUGUAAAUAAUAAUGUGGUUUGUUAUGUAAAUGAUAUGCCCAUCAGUUAUGACAUCAA